AUUUAUUCAACAUUCGAACGACUGUAGUCCCACGAUCAGUAGAUCAUCAAGCCUUGCUCCGACGUUAUCUGAAUUCGGUGACUCGGGUUAUUUUCACAGUGAACCGACAAAGAAAAGAGAAAAAAGUUUUACGAAACGCAACAGAACGAAUUCGCGGUGAAUUGAACAAGGAUUUCCAGUGAAGUGUUUUUUUGAAAACUGUUUUUUUCUGUGUUUUCUCUCUCCAAAUUAAAUCGAAUUUAACCAAAUUUGAAUCAUCGAUAAUGUCAUCGAGCGUAGCUAAAACUUCGAAAUAUUCGUACAGAUCGACCGGUGGUGGUAAUGCCGAUGUCAGCAUUGAAUACAGUGCUGAUUUGAGUGCUUUGUCACGUUUGGAGGAUAAAAUUCGUCUUCUUCAAGAUGAUCUUGAAUCGGAGAGAGAAUUGCGUCAACGUAUUGAACGUGAAAAGGCCGACCUCAGCGUACAAGUCAUUCAAAUGUCCGAACGUCUCGAAGAGGCUGAAGGUGGUGCCGAAAGUCAGUUCAAUAUCAAUCGCAGUCGUGACGUUGAAUUGCUGAAAUUGCGAAAAUUGUUGGACGAUGUGCAUUUGGAAUCGGAAGAAACUGCCCACAUUCUAAAGAAAAAACAUCAAGAGAUUAUCACAGAUUUCCAAGAACAGAUCGAAAUUUUGACCAAGACCAGACAAAGGGCAGAAAAGGAAAAGGCCAAAUUCCAAGCCGAAGUCUACGAAUUAGUGUCCCAGGUCGAAUCGGUCAGCAAGGAGAAAAAUAUUUGCGUCAAACAAGUGGAGAAAUUGGAGAUUUCCAUUUCGGAAUUGCACGUCAAGAUCGAAGAAUUGAACCGUACCAUCAUCGACAUCACAUCACACAAGACCCGUCUGUCGCAGGAAAAUGUCGAAUUGAUCAAGAGCGUGCAAGAUUUGAAAUUGAGCAUUGAGAGCGUCAACUUCUCCAAAACUCAAUUGAUUUCCCAUUUGGAAGAUGCCCGGCGUCGUCUUGAAGACGAUGAACGUCGCCGUUCGAUGCUGGAAGCUUCACUACAUCAAGUCGAGACUGAAUUAGAAUCCACCCGCGUGCAAUUGGAAGAAGAAUCCGAAGCCCGUUUGGACCUGGAAAGACAAUUGGUCAAGUCUAACGGUGAAGCUCAGCAAUGGCAUGCCAAAUACGAUGCUGAAGCAGCUGCUCGUGCUGAAGAGUGCGAAGAGAUUCGUCGCAAGUACUCUGCUCGCAUCCAGGAACAAGAAGAACACAUCGAAACCCUCAUUGUCAAAGUGAACAAUUUGGAGAAGCAAAAGAGUCGCCUCCAGAGCGAAGUCGAAAUUUUGAUUAUCGACUUGGAGAAAGCCAACGGAACCGCCCGGGAAUUGCAAAAGCGUGUCGAUGUUCUCGAACGCACCAGCAUCGAAUUGCGUAGCCGUUUGGAAGAGACCGUCGUUCUGUACGAGAACUCUCAGCGUGACUUGAAGAACAAACAAGUUGAAUUGACUCGUGUCAACCACGAAUUGGACAGCACCAAGAACCAACGGGAUGGUCUAGCUCGGGAGAAUCAAAAAUUGACUCAUGAAAAUCAAGAAGCUCGCAACACCAUCACCGAAUUGACACGUCGUUAUCAUGAAUUCGAAAUUGAACUUCGUCGCCUUGAAAACGAACGUGAUGAGCUCACCGCUGCUUACAAGGAAGCCGAAGCCGGACGCAAGGCCGAAGAACAACGUGCCCAACGCUUGGCAUCUGAAUAUGGACAAUACCGUCACGAUGCUGAACGUCGUCUUGCUGAGAAGGACGAAGAAGUUGAAGCUAUUCGCAAGCAAACUGCCAUCGAAAUUGAACAGCUUAAUGCCCGUGUCGUUGAAGCUGAAACUCGUCUCAAGACCGAAGUCACACGCAUCAAGAAGAAGCUCCAGAUUCACAUCACCGAAUUGGAGAUGUCCUUGGACGUUGCCAACAAAACCAACAUUGAUUUGCAGAAGGUUGUCAAGAAACAAUCGUUGCAAUUGACCGAACUUCAAGGUCACUACGACGAAGUUCAGCGUCAAUUGCAGGUGACUCUUGACCAAUACGGCGUCGCUCAACGUCGUUUGCAAUCGUUGACCGGUGAAUUGGAAGAAGUUCGUUUGAACUUCGAGAAUGCAUUGCGCUCCAAGCGAGCCAUCGAAUUGCAGUACGAAGAGUCGCAGACCCGCAUCAACGAAUUGGGAGUUGUCAAUGCCAAUCUGGCAUCAGCUAAGUCCAAGAUCGAACAAGAAAUCUCACAAAUUGCUAGCGAAUAUGAUGAAGUUACCCGUGAACUUCGUCUGAGCGAUGAACGUUACCAGAAAGUACAGGUUGAACUCAAGCACACCGUUGAAAUUUUGCACGAAGAACAAGAACGUAUCGUUAAGAUUGAAGCUAUCAAGAAAUCAUUGGAAGUUGAAGUUAAGAAUCUUUCCAUUCGUCUCGAAGAAGUCGAAACAAAUGCUGUCGUUGGUAGCCGUCGCAUCAUUAGCAAAUUGGAAGCUCGCAUUCGUGAUAUGGAAUUGGAAUUGGAAGAAGAGAAGCGACGACAUGCCGAAACCAUCAAAAUCUUAAGAAAGAAAGAGCGCACCGUCAAAGAAGUGAUGAUCCAAUGCGAAGAAGAUCAAAAGAAUGUUAUGAUCUUGCAAGAGACACUGGAGAAGGCUACCCAGAAGAUCAACAUCUACAAACGUCAAUUGAACGAACAAGAGGGUAUGUCCCAACAAUCCGUAACCCGUGUCCGCCGUUUCCAACGUGAAUUGGAAGCAGCUGAAGAUCGUGCCGACCAAGCCGAAACCAACUUGAACAUGAUCCGCUCCAAGCAUCGUACAUUUGUGACGACAUCCACUGUACCCGGAUCGCAGGUCUAUAUGGUUCAAGAAAGCCGAACAAUCACCGAAAAUUAAAAAAACCAAAAAAAAAAUUGUCAACCGAAAAGCAACACACACUCACACCAUAUUUUGACAGAUUACCAACAAAACAACAAAAAUAUUUUUAAAAAAUAAAAAAGAAAAAAUUUAUAUUUGAAACUUAGCCCGUAAAAACAAACCGUAAAUCAGCAUUUUGAUUGCGCAAUAAAACCCGGAGAAACAUCCUCUGGAGAUAAAGAAUUUAAACUUUUUUUUUUAAAUUACGUUUUCCGACGCUGAUUGAUUUUGACUAUCUACGGCCGGGAUUUAUUUACAGUUUUACUCGAAAAAAAACAACAUUUAUAAAAAAGAGAAAUUAUAACAAACAAACAAAAAAAUGGAUAAAUAAAGAGAAAAUGCGAGAAAUAA